AUGAUAGAACAGCAGAAGCGCAAGGGCCCAGAGUUGCCGCUGGUACCAGUCAAACGGCAGCGGCAUGAGUUGCUGUUGGGAGCGGCGGGGUCGGGCCCCGGAGCCGGGCAGCAGCAGACGGCGCCGGGAGCUUUGCUGCAAGCGGGACCUCCCAGGUGUUCCUCCCUUCAAGCUCCAAUCAUGCUUCUCUCAGGACAUGAAGGGGAAGUGUACUGCUGCAAGUUUCAUCCCAACGGAUCCACCUUAGCAUCUGCAGGAUUCGAUCGACUGAUAUUGCUGUGGAAUGUCUAUGGUGACUGUGAUAACUAUGCCACAUUGAAGGGACACAGUGGGGCGGUGAUGGAGCUGCAUUAUAAUACCGAUGGCAGUAUGCUCUUCUCCGCAUCCACAGAUAAAACUGUGGCAGUAUGGGACAGUGAGACAGGCGAGAGGGUUAAAAGGCUGAAAGGACAUACUUCCUUUGUGAAUUCCUGUUACCCAGCCAGGAGGGGCCCCCAGCUUGUCUGCACUGGCAGUGAUGAUGGUACAGUUAAGCUUUGGGACAUCCGGAAGAAAGCAGCCAUCCAGACAUUUCAGAACACCUACCAGGUGUUAGCUGUGACCUUCAAUGACACAAGUGAUCAGAUUAUUUCUGGGGGAAUAGACAAUGAUAUCAAGGUCUGGGACUUGCGCCAAAACAAGCUCACCUACACCAUGAGAGGCCAUGCAGAUUCAGUGACGGGCCUGAGUUUAAGUUCUGAAGGCUCUUAUCUCUUGUCCAAUGCAAUGGACAAUACAGUGCGGGUCUGGGAUGUCCGGCCAUUUGCUCCCAAAGAGAGGUGUGUGAAGAUAUUUCAAGGAAAUGUGCACAACUUUGAAAAGAAUCUCCUGAGAUGUUCUUGGUCACCUGAUGGAAGCAAGAUAGCAGCUGGUUCAGCUGACAGGUUUGUGUAUGUGUGGGAUACCACAAGCAGGAGGAUUUUGUAUAAGCUGCCUGGACACGCUGGCUCCAUCAAUGAAGUGGCUUUCCACCCGGAUGAACCCAUCAUUCUGUCAGCGUCCAGUGACAAGAGACUGUAUAUGGGGGAGAUUCAGUGA